AUGGCCCGCGUCGCAAUCGUAACAGGCUCCAGUCGCGGCAUCGGCCGCGCCAUAGCCCUCCGCAUAGCCCACGACGGCUACGACGUCUGCAUCAACGACAUCUCCGCGAACCGCGAGAACUGCGAGAAAACCGCCAAAGAAAUCCAGGACCUCGGACGGAAAGCCUGCGUGGCCAUCGCAGACGUCUCCGUGCUCAAGGAAGUCGAGGAGAUGAUCCAGACGGCGGUGAAGGAGUUGGGGCCGUUGAAUACGAUGAUCGCCAACGCGGGCAUCGCACAAGUCAAACCGCUGCUCGAAUUGACGGAAGAGGACUUCCACCGCAUGUUCAGUAUCAACGUCUACGGCGUGCAAAACUGCUUCCAAGCGUCCGCGAAACAACUCAUCGCCCAAGGGAACUGCACGGCCAAGAACCCAGGCAAAAUGAUCUCCGCAGCCUCCAUCGUGGCAUUCAAACCCUUCGCCUUACUAUCCCACUACUCCUCCUCCAAAUGGGCCGUCCGCGGCCUAACCCAAGCCUACGCGAUGGAAAUGGCCCCGCACCACAUAACCUGCAACGCCUACGCCCCAGGAAUCGUGGGCACCGCCAUGUGGGACCUGAUCGACGAGCGCCUGGGCGCGCAGACGGGCGCCAAAGUCGGCGAUACGAUCAAGAAGUAUACGAACGAGCUAAUCGCGCAGAAGAGGACGAGUGUGCCUGAGGAUGUGGCCAAGUUGGUGAGCUUUUUGGCGGGGCCGGAUAGUGAUCAUGUUACGGGGCAGACGCAGGUUGUGGAUGGGGGGAUUAUUUUUACGUGA